AUGGCGUUUCUGUGUCCAGCUCGGAUCAAGAAGGAAUGGAAGAAGCGAGUUCAAGCCAACUCCCGUCCACGAGACAAGCCCACCGCUCCAGGUCGCAUCACCGGCAGCGCCAGCAUGGAUACCUUAGUCCGAGUCGCCGUGGAGAAGAACAACGGAGGCCGAAAGAUGAUAAUGAUGGUUCUGUACGACUUCACCCCCUACACUGACGAUGAGUUAGGUGUGAAGAGAGGAGACCGAGUACGUGUCCUGUACCGAGAACUUGAGUGGGCCUACGCAAUCAGAGACGACGGAGUUGAAGGCUUCCUGCCCUGGUCCUACCUCGCCUCUCCCGCAAAGCUCAGCAGACGAGCCGUACCUGGCGACGUUGGUUGUGACUGUCUACGCUGCACCGAACUCCACGCAUCACCCGUUUCUUGUAUGACGAAGAAGAUGUCCUCGCUCACGCUCGCCUCGACGAAAGCUGUUCAAUUCUCCACGGCUCCUUCUACGAACGAUUCCACCGAUUCUACAGACUCGUUUUCCCACAGCACGAGAUCUAGAACCUGCCACAGCACGUCCGAGUCCGACAGCACAGCCAGCACCAACAUGGAUCACAUUCGUUACAGACCCGCCGCAGACAACGUCGCACGCCUUGGAGCAUACAUUAGCAGCACUACGAAACUGAACCAAGACCCACGUAAACGCCAAGCCAGCCCCCGAGUCGAGAUACCAGAAGGAGCGAUCGCAGGACAUGGUACAACCAGCGGCGUCUACACAGACAGCGACAGUCCACGAACCGAUUCCGCACCAUCUGAUCACAGUCCAAACAGCAGACGACAAGUUAAGCCGAAACGAAUUACAUUCAAGCCCGCUUCCAGUGACUCCGAUUCCGGAUGCGAGCGGACGACGAAACCUCCCAAGCAGACGAGAACGAAAGACGCAAAGAUCGCCAAGACACCGUCGCACGAAACGCAGCUAUCUACGAGUAUCGAAACGUUUGAGAAACAACCACUUGGUAACUACCUCGUGAUGUUCCCGUUCGAAGCCAACCAAGAGAACGAUCUAUCCGUCCGUCCGGGAGAAUUCGUGACCGCACUCAACAAAGACGAUCCUGAUUGGUAUUGGGUGAAGACACGUGACGGUGAAGAGGGAUUCGUUCCAAGCGCCUACCUCUGUGACGUCAAGGGACCCGACCUCCAGCAAGACUUGGAUUGCUAUAACGCUGAUGAAUCUGCCAUGACUGAAGACUGCUUCCCUGACGCACCGAUCUUCACCUCGACACCCGCUCGUCCAACCAUGAACAGACGACCGAUGCCAAAAAAGAUGUUGAUCCUUUUCGACUACGAGGCCAGGCAGACCGACGACAUCGGCGUGACGCAGGGCCAGUACGUUUACGCCGACAUGGACAACCAACGUUUCUUGGACUGGAUCUGGGUCUACUCGCCAGUGUCGCAGAAGGAAGGUUUCAUCCCGAGAGAGUACACCAAGCCACCACAAGGAGCCCUCAUGUCUACAGAGUUGUAA